GUCGCGCAGGCAGACAGACCGUUUUGCGAACUCGACGUGAAACGAACGGGAACAAUAAUAUUAAGAGAGGAGGCCGUCGGGCCUGUUGUGUUUUUUUAUUUUACCAACGCGUUUUCGUUUUGGAUAGUUUUCCAUCGCACGUGGACGGAGAAUGACGGACACGAUAGAGUUUAUUUACAAUCUUUUGUACGAAACGGCAUUGAAAAUUUGAAGAUAUCGUGACAUGUGCAAAGAUUUUGGAUAUUUUAUUAAUAACAACUAUUACGAAGGAGGAUUUCAACAUUGAAAAAUUUUUUCAAACAAAAAGAACAAGAAAAAUGGCUACUGAAAGUGUCAAAACUGGAUGUAAACAGUUCACAAGAGCAUUUUGUGAAGAAGACGCAAUGAUCAACAAAAAACUACCGAAAGAACUCCUCCUAAGAAUAUUUUCAUAUCUCGAUGUGGUCUCUUUAUGUCGUUGCGCUCAAGUUUCCCGACAAUGGAACGUUUUAGCUUUGGACGGUUCGAAUUGGCAACGAAUAGAUCUUUUCGAUUUUCAAAAAGACGUCGAAGCUCCGAUUAUCGAAAACAUUUCCAGAAGAUGCGUCGGAUUUCUUCGUCAAUUAUCUCUACGCGGGUGUCAAUCAGUCGUUGACGGUUCCAUUCGAACGUUGGCUCAGAUGUGUCCAAACGUCGAAGAUUUAAAUUUGAAUGGAUGCAAAAAACUAACGGAUACAGCAUGUUUAGCUUUAGCCAAUAAUUGUUCGAAAUUGCGUCGUUUAAAUUUGGAUAGUUGCUCUAACAUUAGCGAUGUAUCAUUGAAAGGAUUAAGCGAAGGUUGUCAACAGUUAACCCAUAUUAACGUUAGUUGGUGUAGUAAUAUUACUGAAGAUGGAGUUGAAGCUCUUGCCAGAGGUUGUUCAAGACUUAGAUGUUUUAUUAGUAAGGGGUGUAAACAAAUUACACCAAGGGCUGUGAUAUGUUUGGCAAGAUAUUGUCCGCAAUUGGAAAUUGUUAAUUUAUUAGGUUGUAGUAAUAUUAGAGAUGAAGCUGUAAUAGCGUUGGCGAACAAAUGCACCAAUUUACUUUAUAUUUGUUUAUCGGGGUGUUCGAAUUUAACAGACGCUUCAUUAAUAGCGUUGGCUCAACAAUGUUCUAAUCUUUCCACUUUGGAGGUAGCUGGUUGCGGACAUUUUACGGACACCGCGUUUCAAGCAUUGUCUAAAAGUUGUAAAUAUUUAGAAAAAAUGGAUUUGGACGAAUGUGCCCUUAUAACAGAUCUCACAUUAACUAACUUAGCUAUGGGCUGUCCGCGUUUGGAAUAUUUGACGCUUUCGCAUUGUGAAUUGAUCACAGAUGAAGGAAUAAGACAUUUAUGUUUGUCACCUUGUGCCGCGGAGAAUCUAACCGUCUUGGAACUCGACAAUUGUCCAUUAAUCACGGAUGCAUCUCUCGAAUAUCUCACGUCCUGUCACAAUUUACAAAGGGUGGAAUUAUAUGAUUGCCAACUUUUGACGAGAGUUGGUAUUAAGAGAUUAAGGACACAUUUGCCGAACAUUAAGGUGCAUGCGUAUUUUGCCCCAAUAACUCCGCCACCGGUUACGAACAGCGGCCGCAAUCGUUACUGCCGGUGCUGCGCAAUCCUGUGAGAGGACGGCCCCCGGGUCCCCGAGAACACUCCACCGCCAUGAAGCUAUGUGUUCAGCACGCUUGCGUGACACGUCAACGUCGUAUUUGCGCCACAAAAAAUAUUUAAAACCUACAAAAUAAACAUAAAAAUUCAUCUUCCCUUUACAAACAUUUUGCAAAACCACAUCAAAAUCUUUUUACUAAACUAUAAUCCUUUUAAUGACUAUUUUAUGAUUUUUAAUGGGAAGAAUGAAUUUUUUGCGCAUCGAACGUGAUCGUUAAACGUUAAAACAUUUUUUCGUAAUUAGAUCUUUCUUCGUUUUUCGGUAGUGUCCGUAGGUGGCCGUCGGGCGUGGAUUAAAAAAAGGGGCCGGAGGGCCGUUGUAUUCUUGUAUUUGUGUACAUUUUUCGUCAAAAAGUAAAAAUAAAAACGUUUACGUUUACCAAGUAUGUAUUCGGUAUACAUAAACUAUUUAUCUAUUAUUGAGAUAAUAAUUAUUAUUAACUAUUAAUUCAUGUUGAGUCAAACAACGUUGAUCGUGUUGAUAUAUUAAUUACAGUUAGUAAUUGUUUUGAACUAUUAGUGAGUAAAAACAUGUUUGUUUAAGAAGUAUAGCAAAAAAAAAUAUUUUGUAUAUUUUGGUGAUUAUUAUUGGUCAUUAUUUAUUGAUGUACGUAUUUGUAUAAACGUAGAUGUUCUAUUAACGAUUAAUUCCUUCAAUUUUAAACAAGACAAAAUUGUCUUUUAUAUACAUAUCAAUAUCGUCUUUUUCUUUUGGGAUUUAACUUUAUUUCUUCUUCAAACUAAAAAUUUUUAUUUUCUUUUUUGAUUGAUCUCAACUUUUACGUUUGAAAUGAGUUUAUUAAGUCUUUAUAGAACAUGUACGUUUUAAUCUUUUAUUGGAUAAGAAUGGAGUAGUGCCGAAAUUAAAAAAAAAAACAAUGUUAAAGGUGCACCACAAAAUACUUUUUCAAAGCAAUUCGAUCCCGAGAGUUGAUAAGUAGAGUUCAUAAAAAUAGAGAGUUUCGGUAGGAUGUUUUGUCGUUGAUGGUUACUAAAAUAUAGCGUCGUCGUCGUUGCGAGGUCGCUCUGUUUUUUUUAAUAAAAUAACUAUAAUUACUAUUAA